CUGGACGAUGUAUAUGCUGAUCUCGGCAGCUUUUUCGAGCGGAUCAAGAUGCACAAGGCUCAACCUUGUGGGGCUUCAGCAAAGCAGCCACAAAGCCGCAUAUUUGUCGAGGUGUUCAACAACUAUGUCGUACCGUUCGACCUUCAAAAAACAGAGAAGGUGGUCUGGGCGCUUAAAACUGCCCACCUCAGCACUCCGAAUACGAUGGUGUCCGAGCAAUGUGAAACAGGAGAGGGCACCAAUACGAGAAGGCUCAUGAUCUCCAUCGCACGUCACGGAGUUGAAAUGUCUGUUCAAGUACACAUCGCUGUUCGACGAUACAUCGAGGAAGACCGAACAGUGUUCAUUUCUCGUAUGCAAGUGGAGCCGCUCCACGGAUCACUCAUCGCAGCAUGCCGUGAGACCACGCGCCUAGUACUGGAGCACGGUGGAACAGCGUGUGGAGCAACAACGAUAUUGCGAACACAUUGCCAGAUUUCAGAUCUCGACAGACCCUCACACCAUGACAACUUGCCAGACCCGAGUUUAGUUCCAGCAUCAUGUUACCAAAGGUGGGUUCGAGCGUGGGAGAAAUCGAUUUCCGACUUCAACCAUCGAGUAGAGGAUGCACUGUUCGUUGAA